AUGCAGGAGAACUACAAGAAUGUGACCUCGCUGGGGUUCCCACUUUCCAAACCUGAUGUCAUCUUCCAGCUGGAACGAGGAGAAGAGCCGUGGGCCCUAGAUCUCCAGGGCUCAGAGGAAAGAGAGAUCCUGAGAAGCAGUUGCAUGGCAGAUGAGGGGAUGGUGAGAGAGACCGUGGAGCAGACGCCUCAGCAGGAAGAGGAGCAAGUGGAAGCGUGUGGGGCGUUGUUGCAAAGAUGCAAAGGGAGUGUGUCCAUGAGUUGUGAGCAGGGAAAAGGUUCUCAGGGGCAGCACAGGCCAGAGAAUUGGCAGGGAAACCAGCCAGCACAGAAAGUUGGAAUAUCUGUUAAUUAUCGGGAAACUCACAGAGGCCUCAAGGACGCCACAGCCCAGCAGAGAAUCCUUACAGGAGAGAGAAAUAACACAGGCUUUGAGAGUGGGAAAAAGUUCAGGAGGCGCUCACACCAUCAGAGAAUCCACACCGGAGUGAGACCCUAUGGAUGCUGCGAGUGCGGGAAAACCUUCACUGAGCGCUCAACUCUUACUCGCCAUCAGAGGAUCCACACAGGGGAGAAACCCCAUGAAUGUUGCGAGUGCGGGAAAACAUUCGCUCAGCGCUCACACCUUAUUUGCCAUCAGAGGAUGCACACAGGGGAGAAACCCUAUGGAUGCUGUGAGUGCGGGAAAACCUUCACUCGGAGCUCAGGCCUUAUUCGCCAUCAGAGGA